AUGCCUACCACCCCAGAGCCUACUACAGCCCCAGAAGCUGCCCCAGAAGGUGCCCGAGAAGCUGCUUCUGGAGGAGAAUCGAAGCCCUAUUCUACACGUCUUAAUAGGGAUGACCGUAUUCGCAUAUUAACACUACGAGAAGCUGUUCAAUAUACGUGUCAAAGCCAACAAGCUACACCUAAAAAGGCUCGAGGCAGGACUCCAAAGCUCUCGGAAGAAGAUGUUGACCGGGUUAUUGAUUGGAUAAGCUCUUCAAAACGUACGCGCCGUAUGCCUUAUUAUAAGGUAAUACGUGAGCUUGAUCUUCCUAUUGGAGCUACCGCAUUGGCUCGAGCACUUAAAAAGAGAGGAUAUACGCGUUGCAAAGCCCUACGAAAGCCUCCUCUAUCAGAUGAGCAUAAACGUGCUUCCAUAAAAGAAUCUGGGUCACUAGAAAAGCUGGUGAAGAGCUAG